AUGUUGUCUGUGCUCAAGCGAAGGUUUGCUCUCUACAACACGGUUUUCUCUAAAUCAAUCCAGGACCCAGAGGGUUUUUGGAAGGAAGCUUCUAAAGGAAUUUCCUGGGAUAAGCCUUUUACCAAAGUUCUUGACUCCUCCCACUCUCCUUUAUAUCGGUGGUUUCCAGAUGGGAAGCUUAAUAUGUGCUAUAAUUGCUUAGAUCGCCACGUGUUAUCAGGUCAAGGCCACAACUGGGGAAUAAUUUAUGACAGUCCAUUGACAAAUUGUAUUGUCCACUAUACAUAUGAAGAGCUACUAGAAGAAACCCAAAAACUAGCUGGUGCAAUGAUGUAUAAGCAUGGCAUUAAAAAAGGGGACAGGGUCGUGAUUUUCAUGCCCAUGAUACCUGAAGCUGUUAUCUCUAUGCUGGCAUGUGCAAGAAUUGGCGCUAUACACUCUGUGGUUUUUGCUGGAUUUUCAGCUAAAGAGCUCGCAAAUAGGAUUAGUGAAAGCAAGGCAAAAUUAUUAAUAACUGCUAAUGCUGGAGUAGAGCCAGGAAAAGUGACACCAUUUGAACCUAUUGUGAAUGAAGCUGUACUUAUGGCUGAGUCAAACAUGACAUGUGCAGAAAAUAUACCCAGGAUUGUAGUUAAUAGACAUUUAGGAGUGAAAUUUAAUUUGCGGCCUCAUAGAGAUCAUGAUUUUCAUGAAGAACUGAUGAAUUCAAAGCCUUUUGAGUCUGUUGUCAGUGUAAACUCUUAUGAUCCACUAUAUAUUUUACAUACAACUGGGUCUACUGGGAAACCAAAAGGGAUUAUCAGAGAUACUGGAGGAUAUGCAGUAGCUUUAGAUAAUGCUAUGAAAUGGGUCUAUGGGAUCAAUAGAGGAGAUGUGUUUUGGUCAGCUGGAGAUCUAGCUUGGGUUGCUGGGCAUACUUGCUCUGUUUAUGGACCGUUAUUGAGAGGAGCAACAUCUGUUUUAUAUGAAGGAAAACCUGUUAGAACUCCUGAUGCAGGAGCAUGGUGGAGAGUUAUACAGCAGCAUGAAGUAAAAAGUGUUCUUGUAGCUCCAACUGGAAUUAGAGCUAUUAAAAAAGAAGAUCCAUCAGGCAAACUUAUGAAAAAAUACAAUUUAGAUAGCAUUGAACACUUUGGGGUUGUUGGAGAAAGAUGUGACUCAGACACAUUAAGCUGACUUCAACAUAGAUUGCCUAAAAAAGCUUUAAUAAACGAUCAAUGGUGGCAAACAGAAUCAGGAUGGCCUAUGAUAAGCAAUCAAAUCGGCCUUGAAAAAUUCGCCACAAUGCCUGGUAGUGCAACAAAGCCAGUGCCUGGUUGGAAUAUUCAAAUAAUCAAAGACAACUUGCAAGAAGCCGAUUCCAAUGUAACUGGAAAAAUCUGUGUAAAACUUCCUACGCCUCCUGGCUUCAUGCUUUCUCUAUGGGAAAACGAUGAAGAAUUUAAAAAGAAAUAUUCUUUCUUAUCUAAUAAAAUAGCAUAAAAAAUUACUAUAAUAAAAAAUAAUAAAUUAAUAAAAAUAGUAUAUAUGACUGAAGUACCUGGAUAUUACUUGUCAGGUGACGAAGGUUUCAAAGAUGAUAAAGGCUAUUUCCAUAUAGUAGGCAGAACAAAUGACGUUAUAAAUAUUUCUGGGCAUAGGUUUAGAGCUGCAGCUUAUGAAGAGUCUAUUAAUUUCCACCCAAAUGUAGCAGAGUGCGCUGUUAUUGGAGUCAUUGAUGAAAUUCGUGGAGAAAUCCCAAUCGCGCUUAUUGUAAUUAAAGAAGGGUCUGAUAAGACAGAUGAUGAUAUCACUCAUGAAUUGAUUAGUAAAGUCAGGCAAGAUAUAGGAGCAGUUGCAAGCCUUAAAACUUGCAUCAUUGUCAACAAACUACCUAAGACGAAAGAUGGCAAAGUCCCAAGACUUUUGCUGAAAAAGAUGGCGAACGGAGAUUAUUACCCAGCAAACACUGUAUUGGAAAAUCCUGAAGCACUGGAAGAGAUUAAAGAAGCUUUUGAGAAGCAUGGGUAUCCAAAAGUUGACUAUAAUUUAAAGGAAUAA